AUGAAUUUGAAGAAUUUAUGCACGACGUAUGGAUUUUGCUACGAUGAAUUGAAUGAUCAUUUUAAAGUAUUUGUGAUCUGUAGUCUUGCUUAUGAACACGAAUUUUCGGUUUAUAGCUCGAAAUCUGAUGAUUGGAGUAUGAUUGAAGAUUUUCCUUUCGCGGAGAUGUUGUCAGAGUGUAAUUUUGUGAACGGGGCUAUGUACGGGGUGCUCAAUGAUCAGAAUUAUCAGAAAUCGAAGAUAAUUGUUUGUAUUGACUCGAAAGUGAACACGUGUCAAGAAACUCUGCAGCCGAGCUAUGGAGAAGGGGUAAGGGACUGGAGUUUGGGCACUUUUGGCAAAAAUCUUUCGGUGGUUUGUAAAUUUGAUACGCGAGCUGAAUUGUGGGUGAUGGAGGAGUGUGGCGCGGAGAAGUUUUGGGCAAAAUUGUGCAGCAUUCCUUGUAUGGAUGUGCUAACACGGGGCAAAGAUCUGAAGCCGGUUUGGAUUUUUGUGAACGGUGAUGUUUUGGUGAAGUUUGAUUCGAAGCUACUAGUAUAUGAUUCCAGGGAUCAGAAGUACAAGGAUCUUUUGCAGAACGAUUAUGGAGAAGCGGUUGAUGUGUACAUUUACGUUGAGAGCCUAGUUUCGCCUUAA